AAUCAAUGUUGCAUAACUCCCACCUGUGCAAAGAGGUGCAAUCGACAAAUAAUAAUAAUCUCGUGACACGCGCAGCAUUUUAAUGGAUGAUCCUUACAUAGCUGAGUCCAGUACAUGCCGCUGCUUAAAAGCUUGUCGCAUAGUUAUUCCAGUGCAGGGUUUAUUCCAACAUCAUGUCCUGCCCUUCGAAAAACCCUUCUCAGUCUGAACCACACGGUGAUGACCAGAUACAUCCAGUUUCAAAAUCCCUCUAUAUUCUCCCAACCGAUGAACAGGAGCGCCAGAGACUUGAAGUUCAACACGAAGUCCUUCGAAACGCAUUCGGGGGGCGUAUUGUCUUCGCUCCAAUUGAACUGCACGCAGGAGACAAGGUACUCGACAGCGGAGCUGGCUCAGCAUCUUGGCUCCUGGACUGCUAUACCGCCAACAAGGAUGCUACCUUCCAUGGAAUCGAUUUAAAGACGCACAUUUUCCCAAAGCUCGAUGAUGUACAAAAGCAACAUAUCCAUUUGGGGGCGGGGGACAUUUUGCAGCUACCAAGCGAUUGGACGGAUAACUUUCGUCUACUAAAUCAACGACUCCUUAUCGCAGCGUUAUCGAAAGAAAAUUGGAACACGGUCGUGGAGGAAAUUUUCCGCGUCCUUGCUCCGGGAGGCUGGGUGCAGCUCAUCGAAGCUAGUCAUUGUGUAGCUGGAGAAGCAACGCAAAGACACUUCUCGAUGCUUCGGGAUCUCUUCGUCAAAAGAGGCCUAUUACUCAACUGUGUUGAGCAUAUUCCGAAUGUUCUAAAAGGCACUGGAUUUGACAACAUCACGGCCCAACGUCUCGAAAUUAGCCUCGGCGGUGGGGACGACGAAGACGGGAUGAAAGCUAAAGCUCGCGAGAGCUUUAUCGGUGCUUACAAGGGAAUGCAAGCUCCAGUAGUAAAGAUGGGGAUUCGGACCGAGGGAGAAUUCAAGGAGUUGGUGGAAGAUCUAGAAAGGGAGUGGGAGAACAACGCUCAGUCAAAGGUUAUCUUCUACGCCUUUACUGCUCAGAAACCGUCCGUGUCACUAGCCUGAGGCUUCGGUUCGAACAGCUUAAUAUUAUAAUACAAUCUAAUGGAUUUUCGUCUCGGUCAUGAUAAUGGGUCUGAGGACGACAUUGGCACGCGGCGUCAGUUAUGGAGUCGCUUGGACUGUGAGAACACUCACAUAGGACGUUCUCGUGUGAGACGCAAGCCUUGGAUCUAUUCGGUAGUAGCACUUUCACGAAUCGCCAGGUCCCCGGGGUUUGCUGUCUCCUCGGCCUUUGGUUCUAUUGCGGGAGAUCUGAGAUAUCUUGAGCACGGGACGAUGCCGCAUGCAUAG